CUAAAACCUUCCAAAAUCCUCCUUUUUAUUUUUCCCCUAUAUUUCCACCAAUCCCUCAAAAUCCCAUUUUUGGUACUCCUUUCUAUAUACCCCAUGUACCCCAAAACCCUAAAAGUCAAAUAGAGGAAGAGCAUGCAAGAGUAGAAACAACCUGCUGUUGUAAAGAUAAAGAAGAAAGUAAAACAACUGUACAGGACAAACAUGUUGAGGGUCAUCCAUAUAACACAAGGUUCCAAGCAAAGAGAAUGAAGGAAAAUCUAGAAAAGACUGAAAAAUUAUUUCCUCUAAGGGAAGUACCUAUGGGGGGAGCCAGGGGAGGUAUAGGGUUUGUGAAUGCUCCAUUAACCGCUUCAGAGGUCAGAAACUUUAAGAAAGAAAUUAAACCCCUCCUGGAAGACCCUAUAGGUAUCUCCCAACAAUUGGAUCAGUUUUUAGGACCUAAUAUUUACAUGUGGGAGGAACUAAAUUCAAUUAUGGACAUAUUAUUUUCUUCGGAGGAAAAACAAAUGAUCAGAGCAGCAGGCAUGAGAAUAUGGGAGAGAGAAAAUCGAGGUGGCCCUAGAGGGGAGGACAAAAUGCCACUUAAUGUACCAGACUGGGAUCCCAACGAGGAGGAAGGAAGAACAAACAUAGACAAUACAGGACACUAAUAAUCAGAGGAAUAUGGGAGGCGGUACCAAGAACCAAUAAUGCCCGACUAGCUUUUGACAGCCAACAGGAGAAGGAUGAGUCUCCAAGUGCUUGGUUGGAGAGGUUAAAAAGAAAUUUUCAACUAUAUUCAAGUGUAGAUCCAGAUAGCCCAGAAGGGCAAGUGUUAGUCAAAAUACAAUUUGUUACGAAAGCAUGGGUGGAUAUAAGAAGGAAGCUAGAAAAGAUAGAUGAUUGGCAAGAAAAGGGUAUGAAUGAACUGUUAAGAGAAGCACAGAAGGUAUAUUUGAGGAGAGAUGAGGAGAAGACAAGAACCAAGGCUAAAAUCAUGGUAGCAGUAGCAAGAGAAAGUGCAGGAUUUGGAAAUGAUGGAUUGACUAGAGAGGGAAGGGAUAAGUAUACUGGACCUAGAGGAAAUGAAUUUAAAAAGCCAUUUGGUGGAAACAGUGAAUAUGCUAAAGACAGUAGAACACCGUGGAUGGAAAGGAGACCACCAUGGGCAGAGAUUACAUGUUUUUAUUGUGGUGAGAAAGGACACACAAGGAACUUUUGUAAAAAGAGAAAAAUAGAUGAUGCUAUGUCCCAAGAACAAGAGGAAUUAGAAAGAAAACUUAGAGGGAACGAUCAGGGGUGUCGGGGGCUCUAUGCUCUGAGGGAUGGAUUAGGUUAUCAAAAGGAGCCCCUGGUAAACUUGGAAAUUGGCCCUCAGAGCGAGGAAACCGAAUUCUUAGUAGACACUGGAGCAGACCGAUCAAGCGUUUCAAAAAUCCCUAAAGGAUGCAAAUUGAGUAAUAGGACUUGCAAAGUUAGAGGUGCUGAAAAUAAUCCUUUUGAAGUACCUAUCAUAGAGGAUGUAACAGUGAAGGGAAGUUUCAGAGAAGGCUGUACUGACCUCCUAUAUUUGCCAGAACUUGAUUCGAAUCUCCUAGGCCGGGACUUACAGGUGCAACUAAAAAUAGGAGUGGUGCCAGAAGGAAAACAUAUGGUGGCAAAGAUGAUGUUAUUAAAAGAUGAGGAUGAAAAAGGAAUUAACACGAAUGUGUGGGCAGAGGAAGGCAAAUAUGGGUUGCUAGACAUUACACCUAUUCAGAUUGAAAUGAAACCAAACCUUCCUCCAAUUAGAGUUAAGCAGUAUCCAAUUUCUGUAGAAGGAAAACAAGGACUGAAACCAGUUAUCAAAAAUUUGCUAAAGGAAGGUAUAUUAGAACCAUGCAUGUCACCGCACAACACACCUAUAUUACCUAUCAGGAAACCAGAUGGUACAUAUCGUUUGGUUCAAGACUUACGAGAGGUAAAUAAACAAACAAUUACAAGGUAUCCUGUAGUUGCCAACCCAUAUAAUUUACUAAGUAAAGUACCAGCAACCCAUGCAUGGUUCAGUGUUAUAGAUUUAAAAGAUGCAUUUUGGUCGUGCCCACUAGAGAAAGAAAGCAGGAAAUGGUUUGCGUUUGAGUGGGAAGAUGAGGAGACAGGAAGGAAACAACAAUUACAGUGGACAAGGUUACCACAAGGUUUUACAGAGUCACCUAAUUUGUUUGGACAGACUUUGGAGGAAAUAAUGAAGUACUUUACACCUGAGGACAAUACCCAAGUUCUGCAAUAUGUGGACGAUUUAUUAAUUUCUGGAGAACAAAAGGAGGAGGUACAGAAAACAACAGUUAACUUGUUGAACUUCUUAGGUGAAAAAGGGUUGAAAGUAUCAAAAAGAAAAUUGCAAUUUGUGGAACCCGAAGUAAAAUAUUUAGGACAUUUAAUUGGAAAAGGUUAUAAGAAAUUAGAUGCUGAUCGAAUUCAAGGGAUACUUUCGUUACCAGCACCAAAAACAAAAACAGACAUAAGAAAAUUAUUAGGACUAAUUGGAUAUUGUAAGUUGUGGAUUGAUGGUCAUACAAAAUUAGUCAAAUUUUUAUACAAUAAAUUAGUCGAAGAUGAACCUGUUAAUUGGAAUGAAGAUGAUGAUGCAAAAUUAGAAGAACUCAAAGAGAAAUUAGCGAAUGCUCCAGUUCUAGGUUUACCGGACUUAAAUAGACUGUUUGAAUUGUUUGUUAACGUUGAAGAUGGAAUAGCCUAUGGUGUUAUAACACAAGAUUGGUGCGGGGUACGGAAACCUAUAGCCUAUCUUUCAAAAUUAAUGGACCCAGUUGUCAGAGGCUGGCCUACGUGCCUUCAAGCUGUAGCUGCCACAGUAACCCUGGUAGAAGAAGGCUACAAACUAACCUUAGGGAACAAAAUCAAAGUGUAUACACCCCAUGAUUUAAAAAGCCUACUGAGCAAACGAGCCUGUCAGUGGAUUUCUGACAGCCGACUGUUAAAAUAUGAAUUGAUUUUAAAUAACAGUGGCAACAUAGAAUUAUCCACCACCAGGAUACAAAACCCUGCCCAAUUUUUAUACGGAGAACCUAAGGAAGAGCUCGAACACCACUGCCUCGAGACCAUAGAUAUGCAAAUAAAAGUAAGAGAGGAUUUACAGGAACAGCCAAUACCAGAAGGAGAAAUACUUUUUGUAGAUGGGUCAUCUCGGGUGGUGGAUGGGAAGCGAGCAUCAGGAUAUGCAGUAGUGGAUGGCCAUACUAUGAUAAUAGUAGAACAAGGAAAAUUACCUGUAAACUGGUCAGCUCAGUGCUGUGAAAUCUAUGCACUAUUGAGAGGAUUGAAGCAGCUUGAAGGAAAAAGUGGAACUAUUUAUACUGACUCUAAACAUGCUUAUGGAGUAGUCCACACCUUUGGUAAGAUUUGGGCAGAAAGAGGAUUUAUUAAUACAAAAGGCAAAACCCUAAUCCACAAAGGUCUCAUAAAAACAGUUUUAGAAGCUCUGAAAAGGCCUAAGGAAAUUGCUAUUGUUCAUGUGAAAGGACACCAAAGAGGGGACACUAAGGACAUAGAAGGAAAUAAUUUAGCUGAUAUGGCAGCAAAACAGGCUGCUCUAGAGGACUCAGAAAAGAUCUUUAAGUUGAAUGAAAUAGGAGAUGGGAAGGAAGAGGAUAAAAGAAUAGAAGAAAUUCCUGUUUUUGAUGAAAAAGAGCAAGAAGAGCUACUAAAACAAGGUGCAAUAUUGAAGGAAACAGGAAAAUGGGAAAUGCCAGAUGGGAGGCAAAUACUAAACAAAGCACUCACCAGAAAGAUAUUGGAAGACCUGCAUGCAUCAACCCAUUGGGGGACUCAAGCGUUACAUGACCAUUUUAUGAGGACCUAUGGCAUUGUUAUAACUCCACUUCUGCUUUUGCUUUUUCUUGGAUCAUCCUCCUCUGUGCCUUUUACAUCCAUAUUCUCGCAGCUGUUUAUGACUGUUGUAGUCCCUCUUAUUAUUGGACAGUCCAGGAGAGCUGCAGGGAGGAGAGGUACCCUGGGAGAUGAGCUCUCCAGGAGCUUUUUGCAGAGGACCAAAGAAAUGGAUAAACAGCAUUCAGAACACAUUCAGUCCCUACCAAGACCUGACUCAGCAGGGAACAGAGCCUCCUUUCCACAGAAUGCAGAAUAUGAAGGAAAGAUUGUCCGAAGAUACAUCAAGGACUGGCUUGAAAGGAAGAAGCCUCCAUUUGGUGCUAUCAGCAGCUGUGUGCUCCUGAUGAUCAUCUACACGACGUUCUGCGAUACUUUUGCCAAUCCAAAUAUUGACCUGGAUAAAUUUAGCUUGAUUAUAAUCGUGUUCAUAAUAUUUUCUGUUCAGAUGAGCUUCAUGUUUUUGACUUUCCUCUUCUCCACAAGGAAUAACUCUACUUUCACACCAGCAGACACAGUGGCUAUCGUUUUCUGUUCCACACACAAAUCCCUCACCCUGGGGAUUCCCAUGCUGAAGAUAGUAUUUGCAGGUUAUGAAUACCUGUCCUUAAUUUCCGUCCCUUUGCUCAUCUAUCAUCCUGCUCAGAUCCUUCUUGGCAGUCUGUUGGUACCAACGAUAAAAUCCUGGAUGGUUUCUAGGCAAAAGGCACUGAAAUUAACCAGGCAGCCCAAAGCACCCGUGAAGGUAUAAUUGUGGAGAUGGCCUGUGUCACAGUGAAUGUAUAUAUGUACUAUACUGUACACACGGACAAUUGACACAGCUGGGUUUUGUGAAUGUUGCUUUAGUGCAUAUUUUAUUUUUUUAUAUAUAUCUAUAUCUAUAUAUAUAUAUAUUAAAAGAUACCUGUUAAGUGCCUUACAGAUGCAUUUUUGGCAAAAGCAUUGUUUUCAGAAGCCACUUUGUUGGUUGCUGCAAUAGGUUGUACAGUAUUUUGGAAUCCAUUAGUUUAUUUUUCUAACCGAGUGAAUGGUCAUGCCUGACAGCUGGUUCUUCCAUUGCCCCUGCUUUGAAGCCAGGGUGCACCAGCAGCAAGUCUCUGUUUUAAACUAGCCAAAAUGACCAGGAGCCUAUCCCACUGCUGGCUUACCAGCUCUUCUCUUGGGGAAGAGCUUUCUGAAGGUUUUUUUUCUGAGAUUGACUUGAAUUUCUGUGUGACUCUGUUACACUCCCUAGUCAUAUGACUGUGACAUGCCUUUUUCUUCUGAGUUUGUGUAUACUCAGCAUGGGGCCAUCCAAUGGAUAGAAGCUGAAAAGCAUGAAUUAUUUGCAUUUGUUGACACUGUUGUCUAGACAUUCCUUCAAAGUUAAUGGUAUCUCAAGAAAAUUCUUUCAAUUCCAUUGUAUGAUAUUGUGCCAUUGUAUAUCUUAAAUGCCUCAUAAGCUUCUUCAAAGAAAUGGUCUGGUGCUUGGGUUAUGAGUGAAGUAUUUGUGUUUGCAGUUACGAGAUCUUUUUAUCAUUUACCCAUGAAGAACACGAAUUUUUGGUUUUCUUUUUUUCUUCUCCUUCCUCCUGUGCAAUGCACAGAGAUCUGCACAGAGAAUUUAGGAUGCUGAAACAGAGCCUUUAUUGUAGUAAGCUAAGCUAUGUUUUCUCUCUUACUGCAUUGGUAAUGAAUAGUGGCUUAUGAGGAUAAAAAAGUUGACAAUUUAUUAUUUUUUUGCUAAUUAAAAGGAUCCUUAUAGUAACAGAAACGCUAUCUUAGCUCAUUUGACAAUCAAUCACAACUUUUUAAGAAAUAAUAUUACUCUUUUUAAUAAACUUAGGUAAAAAAAGAAUACAAAAUACUAUUUCUAGGCAUUGAAGAUAAAGGAAUGCAGGCAUAUAUUUACACAUGCAGCCAGCACUACAUCUUGUCUGGGAGAUGAAGAUUUCAGAAACAUGCUCUAGCCCAGACUGGGGGGUGCGCCUAUCUCCAAAAACUGUGCUGGCAAUUGUGCAUUAAAAUAUUAAGUAAGGAAAGGAAUAGGUCGAUGGGACAUCAAUAUAAAUGCAGAGCUUCCAUGUGUGUCAUGGUUAACAUUGCAGCUAAAGGUGUGGCUGAGUGCAAACACCUCGGAGCAAGUCUGUAGCAAAUGGAGAUUAUCAGAGCUCUGAUUAGCCUGAAAUCCUUUACACAAGCUGAAGAUCUUCUAUGUGACAAUAAGCAUGUGAAAUUCAUAUCCUUUUGCCUUACUGAAAAACAAAAAAAUGUGCUUGGUUUACUUAGUCUGUUACUUCCAGUCCUGUGAACAACAGGAAAAAAAUAAUCUGGUACCAAUCCUCGGUGCUUUAUCUGAUGGCCACUUCCUGUUGCCAUCUGCAUGAGACACAGCAGGGAGCUGACAGCAUCCCCCUGUUCAGAACUGGCACACCAAUAAAAGGACCAUGUGACAAAGUUAUGGGAGGUGGCACAUGCUGAAUUCUUUCCUUCCCUGGAGGGGGAUCAAGCUCUCCCUGCUGAGUCGGCAGGAGGGCUGAGGGACACUGUCCACUGCCCAUGUCCCCAGGGCACUGCUCUCUUCCCAUUGGGCAGUGGGCAGUGAGUUCACAGGUUGAUCAGUGCAUCCCUAGAUAGCACAGGCAGAUCAGCCAACAGGCCUGCUAGGAAAUAGAGAAUUCCUGGGCCAAAUUCAAGUUUCCACUUCCUUAAACAUUCUAAGUGGUAACUGAUUCCAUAUGGGAAAAAAUUCCUCUGGGUUUAAAAAACCUGUUUGUAGCAGGGGACAGCGUCUGGACUCAGGACAGUUUCUUUAUGUUCUACUUCCAUAAACCUGAAUUUCCAGAGAAUAUAAAGACUUAAUCCCAAUCCCACUGAAUUCAGUGACUCUUUGUGUUGGUUUUGAAUGGUGAGACAACAGGCCCAGAGGCAGUGUUCCCUUUUCAAAAUACAUAGCAGGAGUUCAAGCACACAGUAGCUGACUGUGGUUGUGUCAACGCUAAACAAUCAGAACACUGCAAGUACCCUUACUGAGCUACCUCUGUGUACUGAAUCUCUGCCUUUCAGUACUUCCAACAACUUGCUUAGAUUCCAUUGAACACAUCCUUUGUUUUUUGGGGGUUUUUUUUCAACCUGUAAGACUAUUUCAAAGUGUUUUACAAUGUAGUUUUGUUAGUCUCUUUACAAAGUCCUUGUUGAUUGCUUUGGGGCAGCUUAAAUAUUGUGUAUGAUGUUGGAGGUGUUGGUCUAAAGGGAAUAUCAAGCUAAACUAAAAUACAUGUUUUAAAUUCAUACUUAAUGAAACUGAAUUGUGCGCAUCAAUUCUGUUAAGACUGUUAAGAUGUUUGUUUUAUGACUUGCUAUAUGUCUUUAAUAAACAGAAUGGUUUUGAAUUCAAUUUUGUUAAAAGGAAAACACGAUAAAAUUAUUUAUCCUUUAGGUCACAUUUUUACCUCUGUUAUCUGUUUUAUUCUUUUGUGGGUGAGCUGUUAAACUUUUUGCUUGUUUUUUAAAACAAAAGCCCAUUAACUGUCUGGAAAUACUUUAUGAACUUGGGGAAAGUCCUCAGAAUGCUGCUAAUUGUCAUCAAUUGAAAAUUAAUUCAUUGAACCUAUAUAGUUUUUCAGUAAAAGGUUAGAACAACUCUGAAUCUUUUCAACUUCCUGGCUGUAAAUAUAACUGUUAUUAAACAUAAUCAGGCAAAACUGAUGGCAAAUGAGAACUUUGCCCUUGUUACACCAUGAAGAUUUUCUUGAUCAUCAAUUUCUGCAUCUCUAUAAUCCCAUCCAGUGACAGCAGAGGAAAAAACCCACCCAAACAAUAAAACAGCACUUCAGAGGUCACGGACAAUGUUAGCACUUUGUGUUGAAUUACUGAAAUAUUUUAUUUCCCUUUUUGUGCAUUAAAUUGAAAAGCUUUUGAUAACUCCAGUAACUUAUCAAGAUAAACAAUUUUUACUGUAGUU